AUGGCCGACAUAAUUCACAAAUUAGCUGCACAGUUCUUCCAGCUGGUGGAUUUACAGCACCUGGCCCUUCCACCAGGGUCGGUACUGGUCCAGCCAGAGGUUCAAGCUGCUAUAUACGAGCACAUGUUCAACGAAACUACGGUCUUUCCUAUCCCACCAGCCAACUACCGAAGCCGAGUGCUAAAGUUGAUUCUCUCACAUAUUGAGGAAUCUAUAACUGACCCCGAGGAGGAUACAAUCAAUGAUGAUCUCAUGGAAUGCUGGACCGAGCUGGUCUGCCAGCCAAAACAAUCUGCCGUUGAGCAGGCCCAGCAACUAUCCUUCAUCAAAUACACAGCACCAUCCGAAACAGAAACAGGCUCACACAACCAAACCGCAAAGACCUCAAAAUCAGUCAUCACCUCUGAAUCGCGCGGUCUAAUCCUCUCAGCUGGAACCACCGGAUUCCGCACCUGGGAAGCAGCCCUACAUCUAGGAUCCUUCCUGGCCUCCGAAGCCGGCGAGGCUCUCGUGCGCAACAAGCGAGUCAUAGAGCUCGGUGCUGGCACGGGAUUCCUGUCAUUGGUUUGUGCGCGCUUUCUGGGUGUGCGCAGUGUUGUUGUGACAGACCGGGAGCCUGCUCUUAUCGAUAACAUGCGUGAAUGUGUUCCGCACAACCUGGACCCGGAAACUGGGAAGUCUAUUCCUAUUUAUCCUACUGUUUGGGAGUGGGGGACUCCACUCGAGAGAACGGGAGAUCUUGCCGGGCUUGAUUCUGGGGAUGACGAGGGGCAGGGUAUCAAGUUUGAUGUUGCGCUCGGUGCUGAUUUGAUUUAUGACACCGAUAUUAUCCCUCUGCUGUUGUCUACUGUGCAAGACCUCUUUGAGAAUUACCAUAUUGAGCAUUUCAUCAUUGCGGCAACACUGCGCAACGAGGAUACCUUCCGCACGUUUUUGAAUGGAUGUGAAACAAACAACUUUGCCGUUGAGACCCUUCCAUUCGAGUCGACUUCGUCACAGGAUCAAACAGGCUUCUUCCAUUCGACCAGCAUCCCCAUCCGGACGUAUCGGAUUUCGCGGAAAUGA